UUGCCCGGAGUGGAGACGGCGCGGCCGGUAGCUCAGGGAGGGCCCGGGCACCGCUCCCGCCCCCUUUCCCCGGGCCCCCCAUUCCUCGCCGGCCCCCGGCGCGGAGAGCGGGGCGCUCCCGGCGCUGCAGCCCCCGGCGGCGGCUCCCGCGGCGCGGCGGGUGGGGCGGUGCGGGGCGCGGUGCAGCCCGGCUGCGGCAACCCCCGCCUGCUGCUGCUGGGCCAGGGCCCUGCUGCACCGGGGGAGUGCGGGCGGUCCCGGCCCGGGCGCUCCGCACCUCUGCCGAGUUCGGCCGGCCCAGAAGGGCAGCCGAGAGUUCAGCAUGCAGGAAGUUUUGAGGCAGCUCGGAGAGUAACGCGGCGGCGGCGAGCGCUGCUUCGCGUGCUCUGGGGUUUUGCGCUUUUUUUGCGGGGAUUCUGCCUCCUUCCCCUCCCCGCAUACAACUCCCCCAAACACACGAGCAACCCGCAACAAUCAAAAAGUCCGGUAAGGGGGAAGACAACACGGGCGAGGGAAGCACCCUCGGCGGGAGAAGAGAACCCGUUUCUUCGCAGAGACACGGUCCCGCUCGCAGUUGGUCCCAAUGCAACUGCUCAUCCUCCUCCUGCUCUACGCCGUGGUCUGUGCGAACUUCUGCAGCCGUCAGGGCACCACCGCCCCUGCCCAGAGCGGAUCUAUAAAAGCCCUGCGGGCUUCCAACAUCAGGCGAGAUGAGAGCAAUCACCUCACAGACUUGUACCGAAAAGAAGAGACCAUCAGCGUGGCAGGGAACGGCUGCAUCCACAGUCCUCGCUUCCCCAGCAGCUACCCCAGGAACCUCCUGCUGACGUGGCGGCUCCACUCCCCAGAGAGCACCAGGAUCCAGCUGGCUUUUGAUAAUCAGUUUGGGCUGGAGGAACCCGAAAAUGAGAUCUGUAGGUAUGACUUUGUGGAAGUGGAAGAUAUAUCAGAGACCAGCACAGUUAUUCGAGGACGGUGGUGUGGACACAAGGAAGUACCUCCAAGAAUAACAUCAAGAACAAAUCACAUAAAGAUAACGUUCAAAUCUGAUGACUACUUUGUGGCUAAACCUGGAUUCAAGAUAUGUUACUCUCUUGUGUGUAGCUCGAAAGAGGCAGAUUUUUCAAACACUCAGGAAAUGGAUGAUUUCCAGCAUGCAGCCUCAGAAACCAACUGGGAGUCAGUCACAAGCUCUAUCUCAGGGGUAUCCUAUCCCUCUCCAUCAGUGACUGACCCUACGCUCACGGCAGAAGCACUGGAUCAGACCAUUGCCGCAUUUGACACGGUGGAGGAUCUGCUCAAACACUUUAACCCGGACUCCUGGCAAGAAGAUCUUGAGAAUCUGUACACAGACAGUGGGCAUCAUUACCGAGGCAGGAGCUACCAUGACAGGAAGUCCAAAGUUGACCUGGACAGGUUGAAUGAUGAUGUGAAGCGUUACAGCUGCACUCCGAGGAACUACUCUGUCAAUUUAAGGGAGGAGCUGAAGCUGACAAAUGUCGUUUUCUUCCCCCGCUGCCUCCUGGUCCAGCGCUGUGGUGGAAACUGUGGCUGUGGGACUCCAAACUGGAAAUCCUGCACCUGCGUAUCAGGGAAAACGGUGAAAAAAUAUCAUGAGGUGCUGAAGUUCAUCCCUGAGGCUGGGCAUGCCAGAAGAAGAGGCAGAAUCAGGAACAACAUGUCCUUGGUAGAUAUACAGCUGGAUCACCAUGAGCGUUGUGAUUGUGUCUGCAGUUCAAGACCACCCCGAUAAAAAAGGAAAAGGAAAGAAAUAAAAGAAAAAAGCCAGACACACUAAUUGCAUCUUAAUGGACAUUUACCUUCAAGCAGGAUUGCUCUGAGGACCUUUACUCACUAAUCAUUUGAAAUUUGCUACUAGCCUGCCUUUGCAAUUAGCAAAAAUCAUUGCUGUUGCUGAUUAAUGUCAUGGCAACUAAACAGAUAUAUCAUACAUUUAUGUAUCAGCAUCCAAGAAUUUAGGAUUGUGGUUAUCUGUAGCUAGAUUCUGAGGGUUGAGAUUUUAAAAGCUCAGCUGCAGUCCUUAGACACACAGUGCCCACUGAAUUUAAAUACCAGAUAUGUAGGUAUUUGUGGUAGCCAGCAAUGAAAUAACAUUGCGUUUGUUUUUCACUCACCAGUUCCUACACUCAAAUUCUGCUCCUAUUUCUACCUCCUCAGCUCUCCUGAUGAUAGGUAGGAUUUUAUGGUGGGUAUAAAUGAAGAGAGAAUUUGAGCCUGAAGGAGUGCAAAAUGGUUUUCCCCACUCUGGGAGGGAACUUUCCAGCAUUCUGGCCCAACGCAGUGAGAUAGAAUGCAUAAAAUCCAUCAUUUCAUGAAAUUACACAUCAGCGCAGUCAAAUCUCGCUGUUCGUACUCGAGCAAAUCGUGUGCUGAAAUUAGUAGAUGCUUUGCAUAAGCCAGGACACUGAGGAUGGUAGGGGAUGCAGAGGCUGGUGCUUCUGCCCUGGUGGCUCCAUGGCAGCCACUGCCCAAGUGUUUCUGCACGAGGGGGCUCCUGCCAGCUCCCCAGGCAGAUGCCUGUGGGCUGGAACUGAUUUUGAUCACUACCUACCUGACCUGGAUCCAUGCCCCUUGCCCAGAGUGGCCCCACAGUUGCCCAGGAGGAACCCCCUCUACACAAGAAGGGAGAGACAGGUCUCCCCUUGGAUCCUCCUCGCAGCAGUUCGAGGAGCGCCGUGCUUUCCUGUGGAGGAGAUGAAGAUAGGGCACCUGUUUGUUGAAAAUAUUGAUUUGUUUUGCAGUUGUGUUACUGGGAAACAAAACCGUGUUUGAGAUUUAAUUAUCAUUAUUUGGUUUGGGGUUUCUUUAUUUGUUUUUUAACUUUGUCAUAUAUGCAUUAAUCUUAGUUAUCUGAGGUUAGUUGUCUCAUUCCAGCCCUGUGUAUUGCCAUGGUUAAAGUGUUGACAGUGAACUUCUUUUUUAUUUGAUUGCAUUUUGCUGAAGCAUAUUAACUCAUUAAGUAAUGUCUGUCAGUCAUGGAAAAUGUGCAUCAUUUAUUAACUUCCAGUAGAAUAUUAAUAAAUAAUAAAUUUAAUAAUAAAUAAUAAAUUUAGCACUUUAAAAGCUACAGCAUAGCUUCCUAUGCCUUUUAAACUAUUACAAAAGUGCUCUAGCUGAAAAAAGAAAAGAAAUCCUUCCAAACUAGCUUUAAAGAUAUUCGAAUGCUGCUCCAAAAAUGUAAAAAACCAGGCAGAUUUAAGUUUUGCAUAGAAUUGGAGGAUUGAUCAUGAAUGUAAUAGGGGGAAUAGGGUGGCACAUUUAAUGGCUGAAGUUUCAUGUGUUAUAAUAGACAUAGGCUGCAUCAACUCAUCUUGUCUGUGUUGGCUCUUGUCUUUUUGUCUCUGAAAGAGUGAAGUAGGUUGACAAUAAUGCAUUAUAAUCAGUGGAAAAUAGCAUGUACUAUAAAAUACAAGGCCUUCAAACCAGUAUGUUUUAGUACUCCACAGGUUUGUUACUAAAGUGCCCUAAUGUUCUCAUUUUCCCUCUUCAUCAGCUUAAGUAUUUUGUAAGUGCUUUUUUUAUCAUUUUACCAAAACUUUGCUGAAAGAUCCCUUAGAAAUAUUGUGUUACUUUCUUUCUUGUACUGUAACCUUGGAGAUUUAGAAAGUGUGGGGGGUUUAUUAUUUAUAUUAAUUUUUCCUCUCUGGCUCCCAGAUGUCUGUUUAAAAAUGCUCCUGAAUACUUACUUGGGAAGUGAUUCAUCAUUUUUCAAAGCAAUUCACAUUUAAAGAGCAGCCCUGUAAGCAGAGAUUACCACCUUAAUUUUGUAGUUCAGGACUAUUUAAAGAAUAUCUCGUCCUUUUUCUGUCUCUAGAUUAAUAACAAGAUUGACCCAGCCCUUCCAUAAGUUCUAGCUAAGUUUGGAAUAAAUUUGCAUGCAAGACUUGAGCAGUACGGAUUGUUUUUGAGAUACCACACUCCUGUUUGUGUCUCUGACUGAGUCAUGCCUAAGCACUCUGAUUUCAUAGUUAGCAUUGGUUGCAGGACACACAGGUUUCACAAGGCUUUGUGCUCUGAGUGGUCCUUUAAUUCUCACCCCAACAGCCACGUGUUGUGAGGGAUGCUUAUGCCUCCUGAUCAGCGGAUUCAGCCUUCUCUGGGAGCCUGAGUUACCCCCAGAGGCAACUGGGAAAGGCUCUCCCAUAGUGUGCCUUAGUCCAAGGGUUAAAAUCACCCAGUUUGGGAGCAUUCUUCUCUCUCCUUUGUCUAUAUAGGAAAGUAGAAAUUUGAUUUGGACAUCUGAGUGGAAUAGACAGAGGUAGAUAGUAUGAAUACUCCUUUUAAAGACUGAACAGCUGACAAUUCAGCUAACUGAGCUAGAUAAAGGCAGCAGUGGAUGCCAGGAUCCAACAGAAAAAAAAUCAGAUACAAAAAAAAACCAAAACAACCCUCUUGCUUAAUGAUGUGUUUACCUUCUUAAAUACAAGUGAAGCUUGUCACAGAGUUUACAGUAUUACUCCUGGGACACUUACUAAUUAAUGGAACCAUUCACUGCUUCCUGCUGCCAUACAGACACAAUGGUCCCAGUCAGUGCAGGAGGGUCAAGGAUGGGCUUCAUGUGGAAGUGUGGGGAUGAUAACAUACAUGUGAAUUAAGAAAAAUUCCCCAAAACCCAAGUCCCCAGAUGGAGUGACCCUGGUGAACCCAAAUAUCAGCAAUUUUUUUCCUUUUUAUUUAUUAGCUGAAAUUGCAAAGGUGUAUCUCCAUACUUUUGUCUUUGUAGAAUAGUUAUGUUGUUUGCAUACUAUUUUAACUAACACAGAGCAAAGCUGUUAAAAAAACUAAUUUGAAUCCGUUUUAUUGGUGGAAUUGGAAGCCCCCAAAAUAAAUAUAUUUUCAAAGGCAAUUCAGAAAAAGUCCUCAUUUCAAACCACUCAUCAACUUUUUAUUUACUAUAGUCUUCUGGGAUAGAGCCUACUUUCUCAAGUGCAAUCUAUGUAUAUUUUUUUUAUCUCAGUUAAAUGCAGCUUUCCUAGCAGUACUUUUUACUUUAUGCAGUAUGUAAUGUGUCUUAUCUUGAUGAAAAAAUAAA